AUGGCGAACUUAUACCAACGUCGGUCUUCUCCUUCUCCACUGUGCCCCAUUUGUAAAACACAUGAUGAAUCAGUUGACCACAUGCUUCUUAAAUGUCCUUGGGUGGAAGGGGUCUGGUUCGGGGGUAUGUUGAGUAUCAGAGCACAUAGGCAGCAAGCUUCAAACUGGGCAGAUUGGCUUCUCCUGAUGCUUGAGUCGGCUGAUGGAUGUGAUUUCCUGUUCAAUAAUCUGAAUCUCAACCCAAUGAGGGUUUUGGAUGCUAUUUCUCUCUCUGUAUCAGUUUUUAAAGAUUCAAUUCCUACAACGGGGACAAGUCUGUUGCCCAGUCCAAGAAACGGGGAAGAGGCGUUGCCCAGUCCAAGAAUUGGGGAAGUGGAAGUCCGGUGGGUGCCGUCGAAUCCGGGUACUAUUAAGAUUAAUGUUGAUGCAAGUUGGGUAGCACGUUCGGGGAUGGGUUACAUUGGGGUGGUGGCAAGAAACAACGAGGGUUGUUUCUUGGUGGCUUGCGGGUACCGCAUCAUGGCUAAUAGUGUUGCAAUGGCAGAUGCCUUGGCAAUUUUACAUGGGUGUGAGCUGGGAGCUAGAAAGGGUUGGGAUUCUAUUAUUGUGGAAUCAGACUCUUGA